AUGGAUCCCAACCCUUCCAGCUUCCCUAUCCUCUCCUACGUCAUGGACCGCAUUCCCAUCCUCGGCUCCACCGCCCCACGCGCCCUCGACAUCUCCGACCUCGAGUCCAUCCAAAUCGACGGCGCCCAACAACAACCCUGCUCAGGGCUCCUCCACCAGAUGCCCCACUUGUCCGACCCCAAAGUCAUCGCCGCCAUGACCCGCGCCGUCUCCGACGUCUCCCAGACCCGCUCCGUCCUCAACGCCCUCGGCCCCCGCCCCGAUCACGAGGCCGUCGACACCGCCAAGGCCAAGCUCGCCCUCAUCGACUCCUCUCUCUCCAAGAAGCUCGAGGACCUCGUCCUCUCCCCACGCCCCUCCGACGUCGACCGCUUCCAGUGGCGGGCCCACCUCGCCGAGCGCGAGCAGGAGUGCCGCGACUCCGCCGACAAAGAAAAGCAGGACUGCAAGGCCAUUCUCCAGCUCGACGAGCUCCACGCCGCCUACGAGAAGCUUCUCAAGGACGCCGAGGAGAGGCUCAACAAGAUUUAUCACUCCGCCGAGGACGGCGUCGUCCAGGAGGAGCCGCCGGUCUCCGACCAGCUCCACGAGGAGGUCGUCGGCCUUCUGCACCAGGCCAACGGGACCGCGCUCGACCGCGUCAACCUCUCCGGCCGCCGCUUAAGGUUCUUGCCGGAGGCGUUCGGCAGGAUCGCCGGGUUGCUACACCUUGAUCUUUCCAGCAAUGAGCUCAAGGUGAUUCCUGAUUCAAUAUGCGGACUGGAGAAGCUACAAGAGCUUAAUUUGUCUUCCAAUCUGUUGGAGUCACUGCCUGACACCAUUGGCCUGCUGCAAAAUCUGAAACUUCUCAGUGUCUCCGGCAACAAGCUCACUGCUCUUCCUGACUCUAUCUGUCGUUGCAGGUCAUUGGUGGAGUUGGAUGUGAGUUUCAACAACCUCUCAUACUUGCCAACCAACAUUGGUUAUGAGUUGGUCAAUCUUCAGAAACUUUCCAUACAAUUAAACAAGAUUCGUUCCCUUCCCACCUCUGUUUGUGAGCUGAGGUCUCUGCGCUCUUUGGAUGCUCACUUUAAUGAGCUGAGGGGCCUUCCACUGUCUUUUGGCCGAUUGACCAAUCUCCAAACUCUGAACCUUGCCAGCAACUUUACUGACCUCACUGAGCUGCCUGAUACUUUUGGUGAUCUAACCAACCUCAAAGAACUUGAUCUCAGCAACAAUCAGCUCCAUGAACUGCCAGUUACAUUUGGCCGCCUUGACAGUUUGACCAAACUUAACUUGGACGGAAACCCUCUUGUGUUUCCUCCUCCUGAAAUAGUCCAACAAGGUGUAGAAGCUGUCAAGCUCUGUAUGGCCAAGAGGUGGUUAGAGAUAUUGGUGGAAGAAGAAAGGAAGAGCAUGCUUCAAGUGGAAGAAGAAGCAGAAACAGGAUGGUUGACACGAAGCACUUCCUGGUUGACACGCAGCCUUUCAGGUGUUUCUGGGUAUCUGUCUCCAAGAUCUCCCAGAGACCCUGCUCUUGAUCAGCAGUUUUGAUUUCAUGGAAUGGGUUUCUGCUACACAUAAUUGCAUGAUGUGCCAGACAUUCCUUCCUUAUGUUUACUUGUUCUGCUUCCUUUCCAGCUUGAAAGAGGUUAAAACCUUGAUGAAUUUUGCUCCUUCAGUCGAAUAGUUGGGAAGAUUAAGGUCACUACUUGACUGAGUUACUCUACUGUAAAAAGCUUGUUCAUUUUGAUAGUUUGUUGACAUAUUUGUUGAAUCUGAGGCAUACAUACAUUGUUGCUAAUGACAGAGCCAUGUGUAAAUCUUCUUAGCAUCUUAUGUUAAG